AUGGCCCACCGCGGGGACCAGCGCAUGGAGUUCUCCUACCCGCCGGCACCACAGCCAAACAUGACGCCUCAGCAGCAGCACCACCCGGCCCCCGUCCAGCCUCCCAUGAACGUGCCUCAGCAGCCAACCGGCCCUCCGUCCCAGCAGCCCACGCCCACCCAGACGCCUGCCCAGCCUCCCAGGCCGCGUAAACGCGGACCCCCCGGUUCUGCAGCAGCCGCUCAACCGCCCGUCGCCGCCGGCGGCCCCCCUGCUCCCGGUACUCCGGUCCACGGCCAGCCCUCAGCGCAGGCGCCUGGAGCCCCCCAGCCCGGAGCCCCUCAGCCGCAGCACCAGGCACCGCAGCCUCCGCAGGCUCAGCAGGCCCAGGCCACACCACCCCAGCCUCAGACCGCUGUCGGUGACGUGACUGGUACGCCGACGUCGCAGCCUCCGGCCAAGAAGAGUCGCACAAACACUCCCUGGACGCCCCAGGAGGAGCUCCGCCUUAAGCAGAUGCGCGACGCUGGGAACAGUUGGGCUGAGAUUGCCAAGACAUUUCCCGCUCGAACUGAAGGCUCCGUGAAGAAGCACUGGUACAAGGACAUGCACUACGCCGAAUUCGCCGAAGAUGAGAGCCAGGCCCUCAUGAAUGCUAUUAAGGAUUAUGAAAACAACAAAUGGAAAGUGAUUGGUCAGAAAGUUGGCAAGCCGGCCAAGGCAUGCGAGCAAUAUGCCAAGGAGCAUUUUCCCGGUAUGACCGAACCGUUGGACAUUGGUCGUGGACGUCUAGCCCACUGA